AUGAAGGUGGACGACAUCCGGAGUCAGGUCCCUGAGUCCCCCUUCUACCUGUACAGCCAGUCCGUGCUGACGAAGAACUACACGGCGUACAAGGAGGCGAUGAAGGACAUGGACUACAUCAUCGGCUACGCGGUCAAGUGCAACAACAACCUGCACAUCAUGAAGCACCUGAACAAGCUGGGCACCGGCGCCGUCCUCGUCUCGGGCAACGAGCUGCGCCUCGCCAUCGAGUCCGCCGGCUUCGACCCCGCGAAGUGCAUCUUCAACGGCAACGGAAAGCUCCCCAAGGACCUCGAGUACGCCGCCAAGACGGGCUGCCUCAUCAACGUCGACUCGGAGUUCGACCUGGACAACAUCUCGGCGGCAGCCAAGGCCGCGGGCAGCGUGGUCAAGGUGCUCCUGCGCAUCAACCCGGACGUGGACCCGCAGGUGCACCCGUACAUCUCCACGGGCAACAAGAACAGCAAGUUCGGCAUCCGGAACGAGAAGCUACAGGACUUCUUGGACAAGAUCAAGGGUGACCCGAACCUGGAGCUGGUGGGCGCGCACUGCCACCUGGGCUCGACGAUCACCAAGGUCAACGUCUUCUCGGACGCGGCCGAGAUCAUGACGGGCAUCCUGCGCGAGAUCCGCGCCCAGGGCUUCGACAUUCAGUACCUCAACAUUGGGGGGGGUCUCGGGAUCGACUACGAGCACGACCCGAGCAAGGUGCUGCCGACGCCGAUGGACCUGAUCGACACCGUGCGCGACACGAUCAAGGAGAUGGGCCUCACGCUCAUCAUCGAGCCGGGGCGCUCGAUGGCUGCCACGUCGUCGGCGUUCGUGUGCACCGUGACCGGCGUGAAGACGAACGGGAACAAGAACUUCAUCGUUGUCGACGGCUCGAUGUCCGAGCUCAUCCGCCCCUCGCUCUACGACACCUACCAGCACAUCGAGCUCACCGGCGCCAACAGCUCGGAGGUGAAGACGUAUGACGUGGUGGGUCCGGUGUGCGAGUCUGCCGACUUCCUGGGCAAAGAGCGGGCGCUCGCGACGCCCGCGCAGGGCGACGGCCUCGUCGUGCACGACGCCGGCGCGUACUGCAUGGCCAUGGCGUCCACGUACAACCUCAAGAUGCGCCCCGCCGAGUACUGGGUGACGGAGGACGGCGAGCUGAAGAAGAUCCGUCGCGCCGAGACGCUGGACGACCACGUCGCGAUGUUCGACGUGUGA